CGCUGCUCUCCGCUCCUCCGGUCCGCCUCGUUACCGGCUCCGGGACCCGUCACCCGCAGCCCCGAGACACCAGCUACCGUCUACCGGCGCCGGGACCCGACCAGAGCCGCUACCGCUACCGGGCUAGCAGCCGGUUAGCACAGCUAGCAGCCGGUUAGCACAGCUAGCAGCUAACAGCUAACGGAGAUGGAGGAGUUCCUGACGAGCUGCAGGGCCGUGAAGGUGGACCCGGAGCAGCCGGGUCCAGGGGUCCACGUGGUCCUGGGGAACGAGGCCUGUGACGUGGAUUCCAUGGUGUGUGCUCUGACCUACGCCUACUUCCUGUCCAAGACGGGUGAGUCUCUGGUGUUGCCGCUGAUGAACAUCCGGCAGGCGGAGCUGCCGCUGCGCUCCGAUAACGUCUUCCUGCUGCAGCAGCUGGACCUGAACCAGGACCUGCUGCUGUUCAGGGACCAGCUGGACCUGAAGACGCUGCACCGCCACGGCCGCCUGCGGCUCACGCUGGUCGACCACAACGUCCUGCCCAGUUCCGACAGCGACCUGGAGGGGGCGGUGGUGGAGGUGAUUGACCAUCACCUGCUGGAGAGAGAGCCCUCCCCUUCUUGUCCUGUUACCGUGGAGACGGUGGGAUCCUGUGCUACCUUGGUAACCGAACGCAUCAUCCAGAAAGCUCCGGAGGUCCUGAACCAGCAGGUCGCUCACCUGCUCUAUGCGGCGGUGGUCCUGGACUGUGUCAACAUGGCGCCCUCUGCUGGUAAAGUGACUCGUAAGGACAGCGAGCUGGUGGCGGCGCUGGAGACUCGGUUCGUUCUGCCUCACAGAGACGACUUGUUCAACUCGCUGCACCAAGCCAAGUUCAACGUCUCAGGUCUGAGUACGGAGCAGAUGCUGCUGAAGGACAUGAAGGCUGUUUCAGGAAGUCUCAACGUGGCGAUUUCAGUCCUAUACCUCCCAGUACAGGACUUCCUGAAGGGGGCGGAGCUGGAGGCGGAGCUCUCAGAUUUCUGUCUGAAGUUUGGAUACGACUUCCUGCUGCUGAUGUCGAUAUCACAUGACGAGAAGAAAGAACCAAUCAGAGAGCUCGCUGUGUUCAGCCACAGCGCCGCCUGCAGGCACCAGGUGAGUGUUUACCUGGAGCAGGCUCAGAGCCCCGCCCUCAGCCUCCGUCCAAUCAGCAGCCCCCACCCUCACAUCACCGCCUAUCACCAAGGAAACACCGUGGCGUCCCGUAAGAAGCUCCUCCCCCUUGUUAAGGACUUCCUGAAGGAACAGGACGCCGGUUGCCUUGGCGACGGUCGUCUAGGAGACGCAGCGGACGAGGAGGCGGAGUCUCGGUUCCCGCCGACGCCGAUGAACAGCCUGGUGGACGGCUGCCCGCUGGACGCCGGGCCGCCGCCGCGCCUCAGCGCCAGAGACCUGGAGGAGAAGAUCAGCCAGAUGACCUCCGACCCCUGACCCCACAGGGACACGCUUUAUUCUGAAACACCACCUGUCAGCCCUUCACAAUAAAAGCUGUGUCCAGCAGGAGGUGCCACAGAUCAACCAAAAACAAAUUUAUCCUCAUUUUAUUUACAUUAAAUAAAACAAAAUGUUUCACAUGAUUUUUAUUUUUAUUUGAUUGAAAGUUUUAAGAAACACAAAAUUAUCUUUAAUUGAACUUUUGUUUGUUUGUUUGUUUGUUUGAUUUCAUUGUUUAAAUGUAAUCAGCUGUUUGUUUCAUUAAAAACAUUAAAUAUCAGGACAAUCAGCAAAAA